AGAGGAUCGAAAAAAGUUGUCUAUACCUAGCUUAGCUGAACACCACCUCCCCAGAGGACCCUGAACUCCCCCGCCUUCUUAUUCUUAUUGAGUCCCUUUGAUUCAGAAACUGGUUGACCUUUUUUGGAAAAGCUUUCCGAACAAGUUCUAUGUCUUCACCAGUUGACAAAUAGCAGCAACCGUCCUCUCUAUGAAUCUCUAGCCCAUCAAACCCUUCUGUUAAAUCAUUCACUUCUUCAUCAUUCCCACCUUCUUUGGUGGCAAUCUCCAACACAUCAUCACCCUCUUGUGUUAGAUAUUUCCAUUCACCAAUAUCUCUCCAAGUUUUUGGAAGCGUAUUUGGCUUUUCUAAUGUAAGUGUCUGAUAUGAACUUUCUAAUCAGCUGGCUCUUCUGUUAAAUCAAUAACCUCAUCGGCUCUCCCAGUUUUCUUGAUAUGAACUUUCGUCUUGUCAGGAUGGUCACUUGUCAAAUAUUUCACCCCAGUAGAUGUCAUAUUCUGUUGAUACAUGUUAGGCUUUUCAGGUGUAACGGUAUGGAUAUCUUCAACUGGAUCUUCUGUUAAAUGUAUAACUUCAUCAGCUGUUCCGGUUUUCUUGAUAUGAACUUCGGUCGUAUCAGGUGGAACUUCCAUGAAAGCAUUAGAUGUUGUAUUGUCCUGAUGCAUAUUGGGCCUUCUAGAGGUAACCGUGUCAUCGAUAUCAGCAAAGAUUGUGUUUGUUGCUUUCUUCCAAUAAACGACAUAAAACUGAACAUCGUAUCUUGUUUUCACCCGCUUGAUAUGAGCAAAACUCAUACUGUCCAUAGAGCAAAAGACUUUCAGAAUUUGAAGCUACAUCUCUCAGAAACAAAGUUGAUAGCAUUGGGAGCAUUCUCUUCCGCGUAUCAGGAGGCUUCCAUCCCUGAAGUCGAGCUAAAUACUCAACUAGCAUUUCAGUUUUUGGACAUAAUUUGAUGUUGAUUUGGAAGAUGAGAAUGUAAGGAAAUGCAUUGAUACUCAAAUGCAAAAAGCGUGGCAUGGGUACAGACAUACAUUACGUACGCACUUUAAAGAAGUUGGAGGUGCUAGUGAUUUAACAACAGCAAAGAGUAAGCCUCCUAAGGACGUCAACAGUCUAGAUUAGGAUUAUCUAUGUGAUUUGUGGAGCGACCUUGCUUAUCUGGAAAAAACUCUUACGAAUGUUGAAUCAUGCAAAAAGAGAAAAUACAAUUCUAGAAAUGGUUCUAAAAGUACAGCUCGCCAUCACGUUAGUCGUGGAGUUGAUCUAGAUGCCCCAGUUGGACAUAUCGAGACAUAACGCCUGCGUCAUUGGCAUCCAGAGCGUGGUUGGAUAUCUCCAGAAGCAGAAUCUAAAAAUGAAGAAAUGAUGCAACUUAGAAGAGAUAACCCACCCGAGAAAUUGACUGAUAAGCAAAUAUUAGAAAAUGUGCUUGGACGGCAAUCUGUUCGGUUGUUUGGUUGGGGAUGGUCUCCCUCUGGAUCUAAAAGAAGUAAAAAUGACUCAAACCUUCCUACCUAUAGUGAGUUGGUUGGCACAGUUGAAAUGAUGAGGAAAUUGUUGAUUGAGAAGAACAUCAUUCCUCCCAUGCCACAAAUUGCAUCAGAUCAUUGUUCGGGAGCACACAAUCGCGACUCGUCAUCUGUUGGCCGAGAUCAGCCUAUUGAUGGCUAUGUUGACUCUACUUCUGAAUUUGAUGAUGUCGAGUAGAAAUAGCAUUGAGAUCAGAACACGUAAUACAUUAUUUAUUGAAGUGCAUGACACUGAUUACUAUGUGUUGGCAUAAAAACUUGUUUUCCUUUAUUUGGUGUUGUUAUUGAAGACUAAAUUCUCAUGGAGGAUACUUAUUAUUAUCAGUAUUAUGCAUUGUCAAUCUACCGACAUAAUUUUGAUUUUGAAUGAGCUUGUUUUCAAUUUGUAUUA